AUGGAUUAUGGUCAAACAUCGAAUGCUAAUGAACCCUUGUAUGGUUUGCUGGAGUCAACACUCGAUGACAUCCUUUCAUUAAUCAAACCUGCUGAAGAAGAUCAAGUGAGAAGAUUGAAUACAGUUAAGGAUAUCAGAACUGCUAUCCAAUCCGUAUCAAGUUUACAAGGUACUUGCCAUCUUUUUUAAAUUUUUUGAACACUGACUGGUGUUGCCAGCGUCAGUUUUAACUGUAUGAUCUAGAAUGCCCAGAGUCGAAGAAGGUCGCUUCUUAAUGUCUGUGUCAUUUUCACGAAUUUAUAUUCAUUCUUUCUCCUUUCCAGAUGUCUGGCAGUUAUAUUGCUUACUUUUACAUAUCAAAAUUUGAACUCUUGCGAUCAGGUACAGCAGUCAUCCCAUUUGGAUCUUACGUUUCCGACCUUUAUACAAAAUGGGGUGAUUUGGAUAUUUCCAUUCAAUUAUCGCACAAUCCAUCUUCUGUUGGCAAAAAGAAAAAACAGGAUUUGUUACGUGACAUAAUGAAAGCGCUGAUAAAAAGAGGUAUAUAUCCUUGUUCUUUUUCCUUGUGUGCAUGUCUUCCUUACAAGUUUAUCAUUGCAUUCCGUAUUUUGAUGCUAGAUCUUUUCAGUGUCCUGUUUGACGGUCACAUGGUUGUGUACUAGGGCAGCGUGAAGAUUUUCUUUCCUUUCAUCUCCAUAUGUGCAGUUAAAAUUAACUUCGGCAUGUUUCUGAGUUUGCUGUAUAUUGAUCAGUCCUCGUUGUAUCAAGUGUUAGAUUUUCAACUCCUACCCGGUGGUACUGUACCUUAUUUGGUUCUUCUCCUUAUAAGUUUUCAUGCGGAUUAGAAUUUUCCUCUCUAUGACACCUCUAGGAUUUUCCUUCUAUUCGUGCUAGCCUCGGAAAUUUCUUGAUCUUGGUCCAGAUCUUUUAUUUCGGAUAAAGGUUGCUCUUGCUAGUUAUGUUGUGAAGGUUUCCCAAUCUUAGGGAUGGGGAAUGAACUGUUUUGAUUUAAUUGGAGCAGAUCAAAGCGGCCGUAUCCCAUAAUUUCGACCCAUUUAACUUGGGCUUUUUUGUUUGGCAUUGAACACUUCCAGGAUAGCUGGGGUAAUGUCUUAUCGGCUUAUGAGCCUGAUGUGAAAUGUAACGCGUUUUAGAUAUGGCUCAACUUCACACACUGAAGCAUUAUAAAGAAAAAAUGGUGAAAUUCUCUUCAGUUUCUUAUGGUUUUGUAGUCUUAAACUGAAGUUGUGCAUGUUCUAAAACAGUGAGCCAAAAUAACUACUUAUUCUGCCACGAUUUUGUGGGAUUUAAAUGUUUUGAAUGCCACAUUGAUUGUCAAAGAGUGGCUUAAUUCUACAGGCAUGCUGUCUCUAGUCAUGUCUUUUGGAGUUCUUGAAGACUGGGGUAAUGACAUUGUCAUGAACAGUGAUGCAAAUCCUGGGAGGAUAUGCAGAGGAAAUACGCAAAUCGUUUUCACAUUAUGGCUGACUGUUGUAUACAAAUGCCAGGGCCAACAAAUAAGGAAACUAUCUGAAAAUUUGGAACCCACUCCUAAUUAUACGUUUUUUUCCCACAGAUAUAACUAUACAAGACUCGAUCAUGUUGCAUGAAACUAAGAAAUAUCUGAACUUGCUGGGAGUAAUGGGUUGCAAGUAACUUUAUCCAUCACAGAUGGAGCAACUUGCACGUCUGGUCUUCAUUUUCUAGCGCUGCCCUGCUCAGUCCAUUAUUUGAGCUUUUUCCUCUUAUAUAAGCUCUUGUAUUCGUUCUUUUUCUAGCAAAAAAACGUGUCCACCUUAGAAGGAAACCCUUCAGCCAUCUCUCUGAAGCUUCUUUUGAUAUUUAUUGAUUUAUUAUCCAGAGAGUUCUUUUUUUUCUUUUUACCUUCAUGUUUUCGUUUAUCAGGCUUGGGUCAUGUCAAGUACAUUCCACAAGCAAGGGUUCCCCUUCUUGUCUUUAAAAGCAGGUUGAGGAACAUCUCUUGUGAUAUCUCUAUUGACAACCACGUGGGCGAGGUGAAGUCCAAGAUUCUUCUUUCCAUAGCAAAGAUCGACGGACGUUUUCGUGACAUGGUUCUGCUGGUAGGUUCUGAUCGACCGAUAUUUCCACUCGCGCCGUCAUCUGUUAAAUAUAGUAAGUCUCCCCUGGGUUUCCUUGUGCAUGUAGAUCAAAGAAUGGGCCAAAGCACAAAACAUCAACAACUCAAAAGUCGGGACGCUGAACUCUUACUCUCUCUGUUUGUUGAUCAUAUUCCACUUCCAGGUGAAUUAUUUUCUCAGCUUCUCCCCAAGGUUUCUUUUUUUUUUUGGGAAUUGGGUAGAUAUCAAUUCAAAAUCUUUUCGCGGGCUUUGUCUGCUCUGCUUUUGGCCUGAUUGUGCAGAAUCAGAGGAUCUUUCUACAACGUUCUUCUGACCUCUAAUGCCUUUUGCAGACAUGUAGUCCUGCAAUUUUUCCUCCACUGAAGAACAUCUACGGGGGGAAUCUUCUUGAGGAUUUUGCAGGUGCGCAUGUUCAUCUUCCUCGCCCUAUUCACUCAUUUCGCAUGAGAUUAAAUUUUCCCAGAAACAUAAUGGCAGAGAUUUGAAGAGAUUACAGAGCGAGUAUUGACGGAGGUGCUUGCCGUGGUCUGUGUUGCAGAAAGGAGGUUCACCUCUGGGGGAGAAGUUGAAGAUCUUUGCGUGGCCAACAUAGCUAGCCUUGGACCCAAGCGUGGAGAAAAUAUGAGCACUCUUCGAGAGCUCCUCAUUUCCUUCUUUUGGAAGGUAAGAAAUCUCAUAAAGUAUAUAAUCUUAUAGCCUGAGAAAUAUGCCUGAAAUGGGUUUCUAGGUACUACAAUGAAAUCAGAUUAUUUCUUUUACAAAAAGCGGGGAGGGAAAGCUUAUUUGUGUUGGAAUCAUCGCAAUCGAGACUUGUUGACCGCAGGCUUAGCAGAAAAGGCGUCUAUUUCUGAGUUUAUCUGUGACCUCCCGUCUCCCAUUCAUGACCACACCCGUGAAAAGUCAACGAAAAAAAAAAAAGAAUGGCAGAAGACAAGUGUUAUGAAUAACGUUUGAUAACACUUCAUUAGUAGAAGUCGCAAUAUUUAAUCUUAAAAUGGCAAAAUUUGGCCCUUUGACUUGUGGAUCCAUCUUUUUUUAGUUUCUAGUCAGCUAUCCGAUUUAAUGUUGGCUCCCUGGGUGGGUUUGACCUGCCACAAUCCGUCCAUCCUCUUUGCAGUUUUCUAAAUUGAAGGAGCUGGCCGAGGAUUACGCCAUCUGCCCAUACAGCGGACGGUGCGAACCCAUCGAGAAUAAACCGCAGUGGAGAGUAAAACCCUACAAGUUGAUUGUGAGUGCCUCCCCCCGCUCUUCCUCUCUGCAGGCCGCAGCCGCCAUUGAGACGGGCCCUCGACCGCCAGCCUGUUGACCAUCUGCGCGCUUUCUCUUCUCUCCAUUUCCAGGUGGAGGAUCCCUUCGAGGUGCCCGACAACGCGGCGAGGGCCGUCAGCGUCCCCGGGCUGGCCUUCAUCUCCAGGGCCUUCGCGGAUACUUUCAGGAAGCUCUCUUCCACCGAGGUGCUGUCAGACAAGCGCGCCCUCCUCGGAUCCUUCCUCAGACCUCACGCGCUAGUCCAUGCCGGAGUUCCCCCCCUGGAGAAUCGAGCAGCAGAAGCCAGCCGCGGAGGCCGCCGGCCGGCCGCAUGGUUCCCUUCCUCGCGCCAGAGCGCCGCUCCUGGGGGAGCCCAGCGAGGCCGGUGA